AUGUCGUCCCCGUCCCCCCUGCACACGCAGACCCAAUCGAGCAGUGGCUCGAUCGUCCACGACGUCUUCCACGCCUACCGUCUCAACGUUCCCGCCUCCCUGCAAGUCAUCGACGCCUUCCUUUGCUACGUCCUUGCCACGGGCAUCAUCCAGUUGAUCUACGCCAUGUCCGUGGGUUCGUUCCCGUUCAACUCCUUCCUGGCGGGCUUCCUCUCCUGCGUCGGCGUCUUCGUGCUCACCGUGUCGCUGCGCAUGCAGCUCUCCGAGCGCAACCUCAAGGACCCCAACAACCGCUGGCAGGGCUUGUCCAAGAAGAGAGCCGUCGCCGACUGGCUCUUUUGUAACUUUAUUCUGCACAUGGCCGUCCUCAAUUUUCUCGGCUAG